UCAUCAUGGGAAUCAUGAAAUUAGCAGAUUUGAUUCGUGGUGAAGCUCCAGAGGCGAUAAGUUACAAAGGGAUCGGAGAUUACUCUGGUGAUUAAUUCAACUGCGUCAAUUGCGCUAGCUAGCUAAAUCAGACUAGCCUGCCUCAUCUACUGCCUGGACUGUAAACAUUAGACACUGUAGAUAGAAGGUUUCCUCCGGCAGAGAGAGAGAGAGAGAGACAGAGAGAGAGAGAGAGAGAGAGAGACAGAGCGCGUCUGUGCUGACUGAUGUGUAAACACAGAAAUGAGGGCGUUUAUAAAUGCGCGCGCGCGUCAAACAGCUCGCUGCAUGGCCUUUAAAUGGCUGACUUGAUGCUCUGGCUUCAGAUUAUUAUCACAUUAUUUUAAUCAUCAUCUCUGUCUGUUUCAGGAAAAAUCAUUGCACUUGACACCUCCAUUAUGAUGAACCAGUUCCGUUCAGCUCUCCCUAAUCUGACAUUAAGAUAUCCCCAGUGGCAUGCCUGGGUGAAGAAAGAGACGGCUGGGCAGGGGUAGGCAUGGCUUGGGAGUGCUGGAGUUGUGUGGCUAAGAGGUUGAGUGAGUUGGACAGGGUGGCCAGGUUCUGGGUGAUCUGUCUGAGUUCCUGUUGGUGGGUCCUGAGGAGGGCUCCUUGCUGCUGCAUAGCCGUUCUCAGAUGGUUAAAUUCUGCUGACCAGAACGUACUGUUAUGAAUGAUGAGAUGUGCUUGUUAGGUGCGUUCUACCGCACACUGACUUUCCUGGAGCACGGCAUCAAGCCGGUGUUUGUGUUCGAUGGAGUUCCUCCUGAGCAAAAGAAAGCUGUGCUGGAGAAAAGAGCACAAAUUGCAGGCUGGACCACAGAACGCCCUCAAACCAUGUCGUUUAAAACCCAGGAAUACCUCCGUCUCCUCCAGCUCCUGGGCGUUCCCUGUGUCCAGGCUCCUGGUGACGCCGAGGCGUUUUGUGCUCAGUUGGUCCGCGGCGGUGUGGUGGACGCUGUGGCAUCAGAGGACAUGGACACGCUGGCGUUCGGAGGGGCGGUCCUCCUUCGGCAGUUCAGUGCGAAGAAAGAUAGUGAGGUGAUGGAGUUCUCACUGCCAAAGUUGCUGCAGAUCCUACAGCUGACACAAACGGAGUUUGUGGAUCUGUGUAUUUUACUGGGAUGUGAUUACUGUGAGAAGAUCACAGGGUUGGGGCCGAGUCGAGCGCUGAAGCUCAUCCAGCAGCACCGGACUAUAGAGGACGUGAUACUCAACAUCAACAAGAAGACACACCCAGUCCCUUUAACUUGGCAGUACGAGGCUGCGCGGAGGUUGUUCCUGGACUCGUCCCCGUGUGAGCUGCCCUGUCUGCAGUGGAGCGAGCCAAAUGAAGAAGAGCUGGUGAAGUUCCUGUGUCAGGAGAGACAUGCCAAGGAGGAGAAGGUGCGACGGAGGAUGGAGAAGUUCCGGCAGAAUCUCACCCACAGGAAGAAGGAGGGAGAGGAGAGAAAGGAACCAGGCAGACAGACAAAUCUGAGCGAAUUCUUUCGUGCGACACGGAAGAGACAGCCUACAGGUGCAGGAGGAUCCACAGCCAGCAAGCAACCGAAAGCUGAAUGAUGCAGUUUAUUAAGCCCUAAUGAGAGACAGAAGUCGAUUACUGUAUUUUGGUCUGAUUUCUGUUUUAUUUUAACUUGUGUCUGUCAUCAUGUACUAAAUUCAAGUAGCUCGAAUUUGUUGAUUGUAUUUUUAAAGCAUGUGAUCAUGGUAAAUACACUAAGUUUUAUAUGUUUCCAAGUUUUUUAUUUAUUACUCGUGUCCAAAGUUUUGAUGUUAAAAUACAGUAUUUCUGCUCUUUAA